ACCCACUCACGAGAAGCCACUCGUUACCGUAAAGUACACGCCCAGCGCGCCUUCGUUCACCAUUCGACAAAUCCUAUCCGCCAUCGAUGCCGCCGAUCCUGCCUUUAAGGCAUCGAUUUACCAUCCGCCUAGUCUCGAGGAGCGCUCAAAACUCAUUACACAAAAGCACCAGCAGCAGCUCCUUAGACGAGUCUACUUGACGUUUGUCAUCGCCAUCCCGACUUUCAUCAUUGGUAUUGUCUACAUGAGUCUGGUUCCCGACACAGACAAGGGCAAGCAUUACCUCAUGAAGCCAUGGACUUUGGGCAUCGACCGAGCCCAGGUCGCCCUAUUCGUCCUCGCAACGCCGGUGUACUUCUUUGGCGCCGACGUCUUCCACAGCAGAGCUAUCAAGGAAAUUAGGAAUUUGUGGCGCAAGGGCAGCAAGACGCCCAUCCUUCGUCGAUUCUACAAGUUUGGAAGCAUGAACAUGCUCAUGUCGCUCGGAACGACCAUUGCCUACGUUUCUUCCAUUGGUCAAAUGGUUGCUGCCGCCAUCAACAGGCCUACAAAGGUUGACGACACGCAGUUCUACUUUGACUCCGUCGUUUUCUUAACUCUUUUCCUGCUCCUGGGUCGCCUAAUCGAAUCGUACAGCAAGUCGAAAACUGGCGACGCGGUCGAGAUGCUGGGCAAGCUGCGACCUACCACGGCCAUCCUCGUCACCAAGGACUCUAUUGGUAAGACCACUGACACCGUCGUUGGCGUGGACAUGCUCGAGUACGGAGACGUUGUGCGCGUGCCUCACGGUGCGUCGCCUGCCGCAGAUGGAAUCGUGGUACAGGGCGAAGGCAGCUUCGACGAGUCUAGCUUGACAGGCGAGUCUCGCCUCAUCAAGAAGGCACCGGGCGACGAGGUCCACGCAGGUACGGUCAACAAGGAUUCCGCUAUCCAGGUACGCAUCACAGGUGCAGCGGGCGCCUCCAUGCUGGACCGGAUCGUCUCCAUUGUCCGAGAGGGCCAGACGAAGAGGGCACCUAUGGAGCGCGUCGCCGACGUGCUGACGGCCUACUUUGUCCCCAUCAUCACCCUGAUUGCCGUCAUCACAUUCUUCACUUGGUUGAUUCUCGGCUACGCUGGCGUCCUCCCGAGAGACUACCUCGAUUCGGAGGGCGGAUGGGCUGGCUUUGCGCUGCAGUUUGCCAUUGCCGUCUUCGUCGUCGCCUGUCCCUGCGGUCUCGCUCUCGCGGCUCCCACAGCCAUCUUUGUCGGUGGCGGUCUCGCAGCCAAGCAUGGAAUCCUUGCCAAGGGAGGAGGCGAGGCGUUUGAAAAGGCCAGCAACGUGGACGUAGUUGUCUUUGACAAGACGGGCACGCUCACCGUCGGCGGCGAGCCAAAGGUUACGGACGCCGGGCUCUACCUCGAGGGGAGCAGCCUCGAACGCGGCAUGGUUCUGGCCACUCUACGAGCGAUUGAGGAGAACAGCAGCCACCCCGUAGCAAAAGCCAUCGUCUCCCACUGCACCUCGCAGACGGAUGCCUGGGUCGACGUCGACAGCCUUCAGGAACUGCCCGGCAAGGGCAUGAAGGCCACGAACCGCGGGGCGAGGCCCGACGAGGCAUUUGACAUGAUUGUCGGCAACGAGUCGCUGAUGCGCGAUCACGCCGUCCACUUUGACGAAGGCGUGUCCUCUCAACUACAGAAGUGGAAGAGCGAGGCUAGAUCGGUCGCCUUGGUCGCCACUAGACCUACUACUACUACUUCUACCACAACGUCAGACGACCACCCCUGGACCCUCGUCGCGGCGCUCUCCAUCGCCGAUCCCAUCCGGCCCGAGGCGGUCCGCAUCAUCAAAGCCCUCCACGAGCAAGGCACCCGCGUGUGGAUGCUCUCGGGCGACAACGUCGUGACCGCCAAGGCCGUUGCGGCCCUGGUGGGUAUCGACCCGGACAACGUGCUCGCCGAGGUCCUCCCCUGGGAAAAGGCGGACAAGAUCACGUACCUGCAAUCGGUCCUCAAGGCGCGGGCUGGGGGCGGCGGCGACGAGCACACGGGGAAGCGCGCCAUGGUGGCCAUGGUUGGGGACGGUAUCAACGACUCGCCGGCGCUGACCAAGGCGGACGUAGGCAUCGCUAUCGGCAGCGGCAGCGACGUGGCCAUCUCGAGCGCGGAUUUCGUGCUGGUAACGAGCGACCUCCGAGCCGUGGUAACGCUGCUCGCGCUCAGCCGGACCGUGUUCAGGAGGAUCAAGGUUAACUUUGGGUGGGCUGUCAUCUACAAUCUGCUGGCGAUUCCCAUCGCCGCCGGCUGUCUGUAUCCGAUUGUCGUGAAUGGUGGGCGGCAGCACGUGCGGCUGGACCCUGUGUGGGCCAGUCUCGCAAUGGCGCUGUCUAGUAUCAGCGUCGUGCUGAGUUCGUUGGCGUUGAGGAGUAAGGUGCCGUGGCUUGGGUUCCGGGCGAAGAAGAUUGAGUAGGGGGGGGGGGGAUUUUGAAUU